UAACAUUUUUCAAGUCACUACGCUACACCCGUCAACACCGAAACAUGCCUCUUUAAUAUACCCCAGGAGGAAGACUGUUCUUCGGCUUUGAACCGGAGGAGAUGAUCGUGUGCGUCGCCGUCGUCGGCCACCAGAACAAUCCGUUGUACAUGCAGAGCUUCACGGAGGCAGAUGAUGCGCUGAAGCUCCAGCAUAUCGUGCACUGCUCCCUCGAUGUCAUUGACGAACGAGUGAACAAUCCAAGGAAAUCUGGACCAAUGUUGAAUGAGACAUUUCUGGGUUUGCUUUAUCCAACAGAAAAUUAUAAAGUGUAUGGUUAUUUAACCAACACAAAGGUUAAAUUCAUAUUGGUGACAACUGAUUUGGAUGUUAGAGAUGCUGAUAUGAGAAAUUUUUUCAGGAGGUUCCAUGCUGCAUAUGUUGAUGCAGUUUCGAACCCAUUUCACGUGCCGGGUAAAAAGAUCACCUCUAGAACUUUUGCAGAAAGGGUGAGCAACAUUGUCAAGUCAUUUGGAUUUAGUUCGGGGUGAAUUGCCAAUGUAAAAAUCGACUCGUAUUUCUUUAUGAAACUGGUGAUAUUGUUAUUUUAUGUUAAUUACCUUGGAUGGUUAUUUUCUUUUUUGGUAUUCCUUGAAAUCUUCAACAAGACAUUGCGUCUUCUGUAUCCUCUUCAGCUUGGUUGCAGCAUUUGAGAUUGAGAAUAUUAGAAAACUAGUAAUUGUAACAUCUUUCAUCAUUUGUUUC